AGACUAAUUUCAUGGGAUGGAUUUCCUUUUCCAGCAUCAUGGCUGUCCCGGCCCGUUCCCGUUUAUCCUGAUAUGACGAUACAAUGCGGGGCGGCCGAAAUCAUUCAAAUACCAUCGGAUGAAAUGGUUAUCGACUAGAGACGCCUCGUUCCAUUCCUGCCUUGUGUGCCCCGAUAAUUCUUAACAAGGCUGCAUCUGAGUCAAGCGUGAGUAUAAGGAUACAGUUUCCUCUCCGAAAUACUAAGCCACCAAAUCCCACAUCUAAGGCUGCUUCUUUACAAAAUGGCACGAAUUCCCCUUCCCACACCCCCUCCAAUUGAUCCCUCAUAUUGCCCCAAAUCUACAAUCACAACUAUCCCAGCCACCCACCCGAUAGAGUACAUUCUCAGCAUCCUCGAGCGUGAUGGCGGCGUGAUCCUCAAAGAUCUUGUCUCUCCAGACGAACUAGCUGCCAUUGAAAAUGAACUAGAACCUUGGAGUAACAGGCCUCGUCGACACCUGGAAAACAAGAAGGUCAACGGCGACGCCUUCCCAUCCAUUCCAGCGCAGACCUUCCUCGUUCCCGGCUUGGUGGGAAAAUCUCAGACAAUCGCUCAGAUCUGCGAGCACCCCAUGCUAGAGGCCCUGCGACAGCGGAUUUUGCGAGAAGACUUUACGCUGUUGCGGGAGGGUUUCGCGGAGCCUAAUAUAAUCGAUCCAUUAUUGAGCCUGAGUGUGUCGAUGAAUAUCGGGUACGGGGCACCUCGACAACUGCUGCAUCGGGACGACGGUGUCCAUAAUAUUCGUCAUUCCCGAAACCCCUUUCAGCCGUGGAGCUUCCAACAAUCCAGUCAAUUUGGUUGCUUGAUUGCCGGAUGCGAAGUUACUAGGGAAAAUGGGGCUACGAUGUUUGUGCCGGGGAGUCAUAAAUGGGACGAUGACCGGUGGGCGAACUCUGCUGAGGUUUGUUUUGCAGAAAUGUCACCUGGCUCAGCCUUAAUCUUCCUUGCCUCUGCCUAUCACGGCGGCGGACACAAUUCGGUUCCGGGUUCCGUCCGCACGAUGCACGGUUUGUUCUUCUCCCGGGGCCAUCUCCGCACCGAGGAGAACCAGUUUCUUGCAAUUCCGCGGAGUAAAGUACGUGGAAUGAGUCCAAAAAUGCUUGAGCUACUAGGGUAUAAAAAGCCUACGACGGCGCUCGGUAUUGUUGAUAAUAUUAGUCCGGAUGAGGAUGUAGAUGGGAUUUGGGAGAGGGUUAUGCAGUAAUCUGAUUCUAUUCAUGUUCAAUAGCUCUAUUUUUGCGUGGCUUUAUUGAAUUUCCAUUGCCAUUUAUAUCCUAC